GUUUAUGUGUUUAUCUAAUGAAACGUCAGUCCAAUCGUGCAAAACAUAUGUGUAUUGUAAUCGCAAUUGAGUUUUAAAUUAACAAAACUUUAUUAAUUAUCACCAAAAACCGUCACCAAUUACCCGGAUCAUCGAGCAUGAAGGCGCUGAUACUAGUGGGCGGGUAUGGGACACGACUGCGUCCACUGACACUAUCGCAACCCAAACCUCUGGUGGACUUCUGCAACAAACCGAUGAUUUGUCACCAAAUUGAAGCACUCGUACAGGCAAAUGUCAAACACAUUAUACUUGCCGUCAGUUAUAGGGCUGAGCUCUUGGAGAAGGAGAUCAAGGCGAAGGAAAAGGAGUUGGGAAUAACGAUAACCAUAUCGCACGAGGAGUACCCGUUGGGAACGGCGGGUCCGUUGGCCUUAGCCCGGCAUCUAUUGGUCGCAGACAACGAACCCUUUUUCGUCUUAAACAGUGAUAUUAUCUGUGAUUUUCCGUUCAGACAAAUGAUUGAAUUCCAUGGACAACACGGACGACAGGGAACUAUUGUCGUGACUCGCGUGGAGGAGCCCUCCAAAUACGGUGUCGUCGUCUACGACGAGAAAUGCGGACAAAUCGAUAGGUUUGUGGAGAAGCCGUCGGAGUUUGUGUCCAAUAAAAUCAAUGCCGGAAUGUAUUUGUUUGAGACAUCGGUUUUGGACAGAAUUGAAUGUUUCAAUUGUCAAUCCGUUGUCCCACAGCUGAGACCCACGUCCAUCGAGACAGAGGUGUUCCCAUCGAUGGCCGGGGAUCACGACCUCUACGCGUUUGAGUUGAAGGGCUUCUGGAUGGACGUCGGACAGCCUAAAGACUUCUUGACGGGAAUGUCGCUGUAUCUCAAUUCACUGAAACAGUCAAAGUCCGAGCUUUUGCACCAACAGUCAAAGGGUAUUGUGGGUAAUGUGAUGGUCGACCCGAGCGCCACAAUUGGCAAACACUGUCGUAUUGGACCCAAUGUUACGAUCGGACCCAAUGUUGUCAUCGAAGAUGGCGUGUGUAUCAAGAAGUGUACGAUUUUGGGCGACUCUGUCAUCAAAUCUCACUCGUGGUUAGAGUCGUGUAUUGUUGGCUGGAAGUGUGUCGUCGGACAGUGGGUUCGUAUGGAAAACGUGAGUGUUUUAGGCGAAGACGUGACCGUAAAGGACGAGCUAUACCUGAAUGGCGCCAAAGUAUUGCCCCAUAAAGUGAUUUCAUCGUCGGUCACCGAACCAAACGUCAUAAUGUAAUGCAAACACUCGGAGACAUACUAUGAGAGACUAUGACUGCAAACAUAUAUAAAGUGCUAUUAUUUUUAUAUUCAAUUAUUAUUUCUAUUAUGUAAUCAUUUUUAUUAAGUUAAUGAUUUCAUUCAAAGUUUUUAAUGUGUUUUGGGG